UUGUAUGAUGCGCUCUGUUCGUCGCAUGUGGUGAUCAGGUUAUUUGUUCGACAUCCGGAACACGCAUCGGACGGUUUUGUUGGAAACUUGGCAGGGACUAUAGUAUAGGAUCUUGUAUACCUAGCUACCGCUGCCGUUAUAAGUCAAGAUGCCUUCUCUCGAGACAAACGGCUCGAACGGGCAAUCUGCAUUCCAAUUCUACAACAUCAUCGACGGAAAGCUCCGCACCUCCAAGGAUCAUCACCAGGUCAUCGAUCCCCGCACAGAAGAGCCUCUCUGGGAUGCUCCUAUCGCAUCGACAAAGGACCUGGACGACGCCGUCGAGGCGGCCAACCGGGCUUUCAAGACGUGGAAGAAGAGCACCGUGGCCGAGCGCCAGAAGGCCGUUCACGACGUAGCCAACGUCAUCCUCGACAACUUGGAUAUCCUAACUGAGGUUCAAAUGAAGGAAACUGGCAAGUCCAGGCUCAUGUCGAAAUUCGAUGUUGAGAGGGCAGCAUGGCAUUUUGAGUAUUACAGUAUGUACCCAGCGCCUCCCCCCCCCUUAUCGUGCGUUAACUUACACGCCCACCAAGAAAGCGUGACUCUCGAAGACGAGCUCCAAUACGAAGACGACACAAUCCGGAUCAUAGCAACCCACGCGCCCAUCGGCGUGCUCGGCGCCAUCUCCCCAUGGAACUUCCCCCUGAUCCUAUCGACAGUCAAGAUCGUCUCCGCGCUCGCCACCGGCAACUGCUGCAUCAUCAAGCCCUCCCCCUUCACGCCGUACUCGCUGCUCAAGUUCUGCGAGCUAGCCCAGCCGGUCCUCCCGCCAGGCGUCUUCCAAGCCGUCAACGGCGGCGCCGACCUCGGCGAGCAGAUGACGCUGCACCCGGGCAUCCACCACAUCAGCUUCACGGGCACCAUCGCCGUCGGCCAGCGCAUCCUGCGCAACUGCGCCGGCACCCUGAAGAAGGUGAUCCUCGAGCUCGCGGGCAACAACGCGUGCAUCGUGUGCGACGACGUCGACCUCGACAAGGUCGUUCCCCAGGUUACCACCGGCGCUCUGUUCCACGCCGGCCAGGUGUGCGUCGCGUCGAAGCGCAUCUACGUCCACGAGUCCCUGUACGACCGUUUCCUCGAGAAGCUCGUCGAGGAGUCCAAAAAAUUCGCCGUCGACGACGAGGAGUCCGUCGCUUUCGGCCCGCUGUCCAACCGCGCUAAUUACGAGCGCGCGGUGGGAAUUAUCGAGGACUGCAAGAAGAACGGGUAUAAGAUCGUCGCGGGCGGCGAGGUCCGGCCGACGGAGAAGGGGUUCUGGCUGCCCCCGACUAUUGUCGCGAAGCCACCUGAGGACUCGCUAAUCGUUAGGGAAGAGCAAUUCGCCCCCAUCGUCCCCGUACUGUCCUGGUCCUCAGAAGACGACGUAAUCGCCCGCGCGAACCUCGACAACGCCGGCCUAGGCGCAUCGGUAUACACGCCCGACCUCGACCGCGCGCAGCGCAUCGCGCGCCAGCUCGAGUCGGGAACCGUGUGGAUCAACCAGUUCGAGCGGCCGCACCACGCCGGAUUCUUCGCCGGCUGGAAGCUUAGCGGUUUCGGCGGCGAGCUCGGGAAGCAGGGUCUGCUGCAUUAUUGCCACACGCAGAGCUUGCAGAUCGCCAAGUAGGCUGGCUAGGCGGUUCGUAGAGGGAAGUAAGCAAGUCAUUUUUAUUGGGGAGGGGAGUGAACAAUGGGGGGAGAAUGGAGGGAGAAAUGAGAGGAAUAAGGCAGGCCCCUUUGUUAUGGAUAGAGCGAGC